AUAUUUGAUCACUGAUAUUCUUACGCGGUUAAAAAACACAGUUUUCAUUUGGAAUUGUCAAUGUUACGUUUAAUGUAAAGAACAUUUUAUACUAUUUUCAAAAAUAUGUCAUUCCAUAUUGACAUUGAUUCUUAAAAAGUACGUAUAUUAUAUAAGAACUAUUUCUUUCAAUGAAGUGUAAGUGUGAGUGUUAUGCGGUCAAUGGAGGAUACCAAACAGUGUCGAGAGCCGAAAGAUUUCCAAUCACACCAUGCACUUCAGCAGUUAUGAGAAGUAGACGUUGCCACGGAAGAAAAUGUCGAGUAAACUGAUUCCUGCAAUAUGUGCCUGGGGUUUGACGGUUGGGACCACAGCUCUCUUCUUUGUUUUCGUCUGUCCUGCCUUGAUAGACAUUUCCAUGACAUACACAUUAGCGAUUCCAAUAUACGAGGGCAUUCUGUCGCUGUUCGUUGUACUCAACUUUGGACUUGCUACUUUUAUGGAUCCGGGAUAUUAUCCAAGAGCACACGAAGAUGAAGUAAAAGAUGAUGAUUUUCGAGCGCCAUUGUACAAGCCGGUGGAAAUAAAUGGCAUAGCUGUUAGAAUGAAGUGGUGCACUACUUGUCAGUUCUACAGACCACCCAGAUGUUCUCAUUGUAGUGUGUGCAAUAAGUGCAUAGAGACAUUCGAUCACCAUUGUCCAUGGGUGAACAACUGUAUAGGACGAAGGAACUAUAGAUUUUUUUUUCUUUUCUUGUGUUCAUUAUGCAUUCACAUGAUCAGUGUUUUCUCAUUCUGCUUGGUGUAUGUGCUUAGACACAAAGAUAAUCUGAAAACUGUUGGCAAUAUUGUAGCAUUAAUUGAUAUGAUAAUUAUUGGAUUACUAUUAUUUCCUGUGUCGGGAUUGACUGGCUUUCACAUUGUGUUGGUGUCGAGGGGGAGAACUACAAAUGAACAGGUGACAGGAAGGUUCAAAGGAGGACACAAUCCUUUCACCAAAGGAUGCUGUUUGAAUUGUAAAUAUACAAUAUGUGGACCCAUGUGGCCAAAAUUAUCAUUGUAUGUGCCUAAACACAGAACAUUGUCAUUAGAUGCUAUUAAAGUGAAGUACACAUCUGCCAACAAAGACAUCAAGCUAUACUCGGACGUCAGCACCAACGGUGUGAAGAGGAACAUGGCAGUGGUCAACCAAAACGCCCCUCGCACUCCACUUCUGUUGGAUCACCAAGACGACCUACAUAGCCAGGGAAGUAGCCAAUCAACAGGCUCAGAAAUCCAUGAUUAUCGGCGGUCUGAUUCUUAUACAAAUCUUUUUGACACUUCACAGUCUCAGCCUGUUUCCUCCAUGUCCAGUAAUCAUCAUGUUGAUAAAGCAUGUCGUGGACCACCUGUUAUUCAUCAGCCUCAUAUAGAACAAUCACCACAGAGAGGCCGGAGGGGUAAACAACAGGAUGGCCAUGCACCCAUGGCUCUUCCUGAGGAAUCCCUAAUGGGGUCGCCUUCAAAAUUUUCUCCACCUCCCAGAAACAUAUUAAAUAGUCCAGGUGUAGAUAGAAGUAUGAAUAUCCAAUCACGCCAAGAGACUGGACGUUCACAACCUCAGUAUCGGUCGCGAGAAUCUCCAGGGUACAACAAAUCUCCACACUAUAGUCAGCAAAAUGGACACCGUCGAGAGCGGACGUCCAGUGCUGAGGGCUCUUUAGACAGUGUAGACCGGAGACCCCUAAUGAAUUCCUCUGUGUCCUCUGGAUACAACUCCAGGUCAUAUGAUGUUUCCCCUGUAGGGAGGAGUCGGACUCUACCAAGCAAUCAGGGGGGGUUCUUUGACGAUGAUCCAAGAACCGCCAAGAGACCCAUGUCUUUUGUUAAGGCACUAGAAGUGAGUCAGUUAGUAGAACAAAAUCAGCAGGGGAUGAAGAACUCUAAUGCUCAAAGCAGGAAACCCCCACUGCACUUGCAGGGGACCCAACACCACAAACAGAAAAGUAGGCACAGAGAGGGCAAGAAAAAGACCGUGUACGACACAAGCUUUGAAGUUUCUGUCUAAAGAUGUGAUAUAUACCUUUUUUUAUCUUAAUUUUAUGUUUGUUUUUCAUUUAUUGAAGAAGAGGAAGUGGAGUUUAAUGUAUGUGUAUGUUCGAAUGCUGAUGUGUCUGAAGAGUCUGUUAUCAUCAUGUGACCUAGUCUCAGUCCCAAUGUCCUCCAGUAAGGAUCAUGUUUCGCCCGUUUUUAAUUGGAUUAUCUGUAUUUUGUUGUAUCAUAUUGUAACCAUGUCCAUUUUAGAGUGAAAUAUUAUUGCAAGUAUUUUAUGAAGCGAUUUUAAAAUGGUAUAUUAGUGUUUGGAAGUGCUUCCUUUGUUUAUGAAUUAACACUUGCUACAUACAUGUCUAUGUUAUGUGGACCAAAGUGCAUUAUGACAUAAUACAUGCUCUAAAGGCAUCAUUAAAUUUGGGGGGAAAAAUCUGUCAGAGAAAAUUAAGAUGAGUGAUACACUAUUGACUGUUUAUCUUGUGUGGAGUACUGUGGGGCCAUUCUCAUUGUGAAUUCACUACAAGGCUCGCUUAGCAGCCAUGUUGUGGUAGUGGGGAAAACUUUAGUGGUAGAGAGAAUAUAUUAAAGGUUGUGUGCUGUGUUUAUUUUUGUAGAUGAAUCAAUUUUAAAAAUGUGAUGUGUGUUUUAAGUGCAGUCUUGUACAAAUUUUAAACAUACUGUUUUAUUAAUUUCUAGAGAUACAGAUGCCGUUAACAAAUGUUUGCUGUGCAGUUGUAUGUAGGUAUGCAAUGCCAUCUGGGGGUAAACUUGAACCAGACACAUGUACCUAGACCAUCCCAUUUACAUUGCCAUUGUCUAAUUGCAUAGUCAAAGUUUUGCAGGGGAUUUCUUUACUUAUACAGGCCUAUUAUAGAAUCAGAAAUAAUCAUGUUCAUCAAAAUUACAAAGUUAUGUGAAAGCAAUUAAGAUUUAUUAAAAAAAAUUUGUUUUAUCUUUUAGUUUGAUUUUAUCAGAUUAGUCAAAAUGUUUUACCAGAGAAGCAAGUGGAAAGAAGUUUUAUAAUUUUGCUCAUGAUCUCAUAAUUUGGAAAUUGUUAUAUCAGAUGAGUUACUAUAGAAUAGAUUGUUGAUGGAGUGUCUGCAUCUUGGAGAAGGUAAAGAGAUAAUUUUCAUAACACAUAUACCAUUUGAUUAUCAUUUAAGUGGGAACAUCAAUCUCUAUUAGUAGCUGGUUUUUAUCAUGGCAAAUAGACAACAGUCUUGGUAGUUAAUACAGUAGGCCAGGUCUUCUCUGUGAGGGAUUUCAUUUUAGAUUCGGGCAGUUAUGUGAAUAUGUUGACGUGUUGAAAUAUGUUAUACAUGUAAUACAAAAACCGCAUUGAAAUGCAUUUUUGAAUAUUGAUAUAUUAUACAUUAUCCUUAUAAUGUAGUGCAUGGUAUCUUUUCCAUGAUUUCCCUCUUUUUGUGCUGUUUGGUUAUUUAAACAAUGAAAUGUGUUUUUGUUGUCAUUAUUUGGGAUGCCUUAUAUGAAAUGGGUAUUUUCUGCAGGUGGAAAUUUUUGCAAUACGGUCAGUAAGAGGUACCAAAUUAUAUUUUGCGUUUUCAUUUUCUGCAGUUGUAUUAUCCCUAUCUAUACCUAUAUGCAUCAAUAUAUGAUUUUUGCGAUUGUAAUUUUUGUGAAUUUUUCAUAUCCACAAAAAAUGGACAAUUGCAAAAAAUACCCAUUAUACGGUAUCACUGAUGCCAGCAUUUAUAAGAUGCAGAUUAGUGCAUCAUGCAAAUUUUCUGACAUAGUUGUGACCACCAUUUCUCCCAAUAAUGACAACAAAACCACAAUUAAUUGUUUAUAUUUACAUCAAAUCAGCUGACAACUAAAUGUGUUUUUGGUCUGUAACCACGAAUGUUAUUGACUUGUAAACUUAAAAAUCUACAACAGAGUUGGUAUAGAAGAAAUAUGUUGAAUGUAAAUAUUUCGAAAUAUUCUAUUUUGGACAACGUAGUAAUUGUAUACAUAUCAGACAUAUUAAAAAAGUGAUAAACUUGAAUACCCAACUUUUCCUGCAAAUAUUUACUUUAUUGAAAUAUAUUGUGAAAUAAAAAUUCUAACAAUGCUCACCAACCCUUUUGAUUUCACAAUUAGAUUAAGAUCCUGGAGAAAUUCAGUUGCUGUCCUUUAUUCCCUUGCUUUUGUUUAUCAUGUCAAUGUGUAUCAACAACACAGAUCUUGUGUUAAUGAAGUCUAAGAAAAACAUCCAUAUCUACAGUACUGUUUAGACAAAGAAAUUGUGACUGGAUGAUCGAGAAUAGAGAUUGUCUCUGGAUGACUGAGAAUAUAGAAAUUGUCAUGUGUGUUCAGUUCCCUUUGCAAGAAUCUGAAGUCAAUAAAAGGGAUGUUAAUUAAAUUUCCAUAAUGUGGUCAUACAUGUAGCUGGCAAAACAACAUAAAAGGAUGGUCAUGUAAAUUAGCACCUAAUAUGAAACGUUGAAGGAUAGUCCAACUUUGCCACUGUAAACUACCACGUUUUUCAUCAGUGUCUUGAUUUAAUAUGGCAUAUAGUUGUCUGAAGUGUUUUAUAUUUUAGCUCUCGUUGCAUUGAAAAAAAAAUAUUGCAUGAAGAGAAUGCAUUUAACAAACAUUCAUUUUUAAAAAUAAACAAAAUGGCAGGUUGAAUAUUGUAUGCCAAAAUCUGUAUGUACUUAAUCCUUGUAUACUGUACCCGAAGAAUCUAUAGUAGGUUGGAGCAUAGGUACAAUUAAUGGAGCCCAUUUUCAUGUUGCUAUGCAUGUACAUAUUGGGGCGGUACAUGUCAUGUUAAUACUAUUUAAGAUGGUGGGUUACCACCAUAAAAUUCUACAUUCCUGAUAGUAGAAAAUUAGUAGUUUUUCAUACAAAAUAUAUUAUGUGAGCAAUUGAAAUUUUUUUAUCAUGUUUGUAUAAUUUGCAAUCAAAUUUGAAGUUUGAUGUGGAGUAUAUGACCUAGAAAAUUUGAAGCAAUAUGUUAGUAUAGUUUUCAAAAUUCAUCAAAUUUUUGGAAAGAAAGACAGCAGUGUUUUAAAUGGUUGGAAAUUGUCUUGAAUAGUGAAAUUUCCCCUUGACAUUGUGAUUUUCUGUCUGUAACUUAGAAUAGUUCAAACCACUGAGAAACGGAGAAGCUGCUCCUCUGAUUCCUGAUGAUGCAUGUAUUGUGUUGCUGCUGCUCACUCGCAAACAUUGGUGUGCUUGGACUAUUUAUUGGUGUUGAGCAGAUGCAUCUGUCAACUGGCUUGUUUUAUACUUUUAACAAGGGUAUUAUCACAAUGUUGUUUUAUACAGAUGUAAUAAUAAAUAUUUAUGUAACACUUA